UUGGGAUUACAACUAUUGAAGCACUAACCCUGCUGCUGCUGCUAUUAUUACUACUACUACUACUACUACUACUACUACUAUUACUAGCAGUAGAAGUAGUUUGCCGGACAUGUAUAAUCUCCAUUGUUGUAACAUAUUCUGAAUCGUCAACCUAACUGAUUUCUCAUCGCAGUCUUGCAGAAUUAUUCAAAACCAAAAUUCAGGAUGGAAAUGUCAACUGUAAAGUUGUUAAUAUUUUCGAUGUCUUUCAUUGCAUGUUUCUCUGUGAGUGAAACAGUAAUAUGUAGCUAUAAUAUAUGUUCAUUUGUUGACCCUUGCAAGAACGGAGGAACAUGUAGACAGGAUAGUGAAUGCAAAGCAGCAUGCGUCUGUCCGCCGAAGUUCGAUGGAAAAUAUUGUAACCAUACAAAUGAAUCCAAAAAUUGUAGAAAUGAAUGCACGCCAGACACAUGCCACAAUCACGGCAAGUGCACAUUUGAUAACGAAAGUUGCAGUAUGGAAUGCAAGUGUGAUUCUGGCUAUGCAGGAAAAAAAUGUAAUCAUGAAGUGUGCAACGUAAUGGUUUGCGUUCAUGGUUCUUGUAGUAACAUCAAUAAUGUGACGUCACGCUGUCAAUGUGAAGAUGGUUGGAUUGGAGAGACGUGUAAUAUAGGUUGUACCCGCAACUGUUUACAUGGAGAAUGCAUCCUACACAAUGGAGAUGAAAUAUGUUCCUGUAAGGGCUAUUAUAAGCCAGAUACAAAUUGCACCAUAGAAGAAAUACCACCGACUACGGUAGAAAAAUGGGACAAACGUUACUUGGGUUUUCUCGCCAUUCCAUUAUUAUUGUCCUUCGUCCUCGCAGUGAUGGUGUAUGUCAUGUGGAGAUACAGAGUCACUUUCAUUCUCAAGAUUAUCUACACAUUCCAGAAUUAUGAAGACCAUGAUGGUAAAGAGUACGACGCUUUCAUCUCGUUCCGUUCUGCAACAUCGGAUGAAUAUUGGGUAUUUAACACACUGUUUCCCACCCUAGAGAAUGAAAUGGGUUUUAAAUUGUGUGUCCAUUUCAGAGACUUUCUUGUCGGUGAAACUAUUUCCAACAACAUAAUUAACGCUGUGGAGAAGAGUCGACGAACAAUCUUAGUUCUGUCCCCUGAUUAUGUGAUCAGCGAAUGGACACGCAUGGAAUAUCAAAUUGCUCACCAGGAAAUGCUUAAGAAACGUCAAAAGAUCAUCCCAAUUAUAUUCCGUGACUUAAAUAAACUAGAACUGGACAAAAACCUUUCUUACAUCCUCAAGUCAAUCACCUAUUUGGAAUGGCCAGGGUCCAAUGAAGAAGAUAGGUGCAAACUUGAGAAAUUCUGGGGAAAAUUACGCUUAACGAUGCCGAAAAAGCGAGAAUUGCUUAUUGAAGAUGGCAAAAACACUCAAAAAGAUAAUUCAACCACUGUACUGUAGGGUAUAUACAUGCAUAUGAAUGUGUGUAUGUAUAUAUUUGCAUCUACCAUGCAUGUAUGUACGUCUGUGUGUAUUAAUCUUUCUUUUCAUGUCAUAGUAUACAUAAAGAACCAAUUCAACAGGAACAGUUUUCUGCUUUCUUUGAUGUUGUCAACCUACACACGAACAUACACUAUGACUAAAGAAUAACUGCAAUUCAGUACUGACUGGACACACACCAACCUGAACUGCUGAACGCAUAAAAAAAGACAUUGACAUCAAAUUCAUUCUACAGAGCAAUUCUUUUGCCUGUAUGCUGAUCCAUUGAUCAGCGUACAGGCAAAUAUGAGGAACAGCAAUGGGUACGAAGGUAGCCUCUACAUAUGCCAAUUUAGUCAUGGGAUUCCAUGAACUUAAGCUUUACAACCAUUCCCUUCUUCUAUUCGGAGAUACAUUUCAUACACAACUUAAAAAUACCUGGAAAGGAUACUUGGAUGAUUGCUGUAUCUAAUGACAGGAUAAUCUUGAUAUACUUACAGAAUUCAAAAAUUUGCUGAUCAACCUAAGCAACAACAUCUAAUUCAUAAUGGAGUUUAACUCUAAGGAACUUGCCUUUCUAGAUAUCGCAAUCACCAGCGCGGAUGACAAAAUAGAAACGGAUAAGUUCUAUAAAACCAUGGACUCCAAGCAGUACCUUCUGUUGACAUUAUAUCACCCACAACACACAAAAUUGGGCAUUCCCUUUAACCUACCAAAACAAAUAUGUACAAUAGUACCAGACCCACCCACUUAUUUCAUAAAAUAUAUACAUACAGCUAACCAUUUCCUGGAUAAAAAAGAAAUAAAAAUUGUUUUGACACAAUAAUAUUUCCUUCCACAGAACAGCAUACCCACCAAAACAACAAAACAAAACACGCAUGCACUUGCACACACAGCUGACCAUAUCCUGAAUAGAAACUUGCAAUUCAAUUGAGAAGAAAACUUUUCUACUCAAUAAAAUUCUUCAACCCCAUUGAAGACCCCUAGAUAGAUAACAUGUAUAAGAAGAAAUUCUAAGCUGAAAUUUCAUACAUUUUUUUGGGUAUGCAAGAAAUAUGAGAACAAAAUAUUUUUUUCUUAUGCCCUAAUUUUUGAAUUCCAGUUCUUAAUAUUUGAUAAGAUGAACGUACACAUUGAAACCGUUUAUAUUUCAUAAAAAGUCAUUCUAUGUAACAAAUAUGAAGCAAUCUUUAAACAUA